UGCAAUCAGGACCUGUGCUGGGGUCCUUGCUAUGAAUGUGUCCAUUCCGAAACCACAGACCGAAACAUUAAGACGAUCAUGAUUCUGGUGAUGCGAUGUUGUUUGAUUAAUGAUUAAAGCGAUUCACAUGUUUUUCGUCACAAACUGACACCACAAGACAACAUUCGUCGGCACGCUGUGAAUCUCAUUAGCUUCAGACUUUCUGCCGAAGAAAGCUACAGUAAUAUGUGAGAAAUGAAGAUUUAUCCUCAAAUGUAGCUUUGCAGGAUGAAAUCGAAGCCAAUAAGCUUUCGCUUAUUGUCAAAACUUCGCAAAGCCCUGGUAAAAAGUCAACUUUAGAGGCGUGAAUAGGUAGGCCGACAAAUACAUGGUGACACUAGGAAGUCAAGGGAAGCAAAUCAAGAAAACUUGGUAUGGAUGGGAUAUUUGCAAACAUGACAAGUAAAGAUUCUGCCAAGGAUUCAGUUGCUGUUGUCUACCUCAUAGUCGUUUGCUUGUUUUCAGGGUUAACAACUGUUGGGUGUAUGAUACCUGAUAUGAUAGAAUACCAUGGUUUGGUUAAUGAUACAAACAAGACAUCAGCAAAAGCAAUGAGUGUAGAACUAAAAGAUGAUUUGUCACCAAAAGUAAGAGUGGGGAUUUGUUUACCAGAAUGGGAAAAAAGAAGAUUAAAGAUUACAGGAUUAAUCGGGGAAACAAUUGAUGUUUCAAUAAAAGAUAUAGAUAUGGAGAGGUCUAUCGAAGAACAAGGGCCAUUUGAUAUAAUUUUUCACAAAAUACUGAAGUGGUUUGAUAAAGAUGCUGGCAAAGGAAGAUCCUAUCUAAAUAAACUCCUGGGAUACCACAGUGCAAAUAACCAUGUUACCCUCAUAGACCCCAUCGAAAAUGGCAUCAAGCUUGCAAACAGGAGCUUGACAUUAGAGCUAGCUAAACAGUGUGAAUUUACACUUGGAAAUCGAAGUGUUUUCUUGCCAAAAUAUUUGUUUCUGAAGAAUGAAAACAUCACUGCAAUGAAGGAAAUGAUUAGGAAUGCAGGAAUCAAGUAUCCAAUAAUUGCCAAGAAGCUGAUUGGGAAAGCAGGGCUAUCAGAAAGCCAUGACAUGAGGAUUGUGUUUUCAGAGGAAAACCUGAAAGAUUUAUCACUUCCUUGUGUAGUUCAAGAGUUCUUGAAUCAUGGUGGAAAGAUGUUCAAAGUCUAUGUUAUUGGAGAUAAGUUCUACACAUGUGAAAAGCCUUCAGUACGGAAUCUUCAUGCCUCAGAUAAAGAAACACUGUUUUUUGACAGCACCAACAUCACAAAAGGUGAGUAUUUUCCAAAACUGCAUGAGAAGGACCCAAGCGCAAUCAACUUUGCGACGAGUGACAACAAGGAACUGCUGGACGGUCGUGUGAUCUCAUUUCUCAUCCAGAAGCUAAGAAUGGUGCUUGAUUUCAACAUGUUAGGGAUUGAUAUCAUCAUUGACGAGAGGACACAAAAUUAUGGCAUCAUAGAUCUUAAUUAUUCGCCUAGUUUUCAUUGUGUUAUGUCUCAUUUUCCAGUUGAUCUUCUUGAAGUAUUUAUUAAUAUAAGGAAGCGAUUGAAAUCAACUGCAAGGACAUCAUAAAAUUUAAUUAAAGUUCAACCACUGUAGAUUGUAACUUGUUUUAUUUAAAUUUUACUGUGAUGCUAUUAAAUCAGUUUAGUCCUAAACGAGAGCUUAAGAAGUUUCUUUCACACAUAUUGUAGAAAAUAUUGUUUUAUUUUUUCAUAUUCGAAUGAUUUGUUGCAAAAAAACUGCGAGACACUGAAGAAUUAGUUGUUUUGUGAAAGAUUAUGAAUAAAACUCUUGUGAACUGCCAAUUUUUAGGCAUAUUUUUCUAAUUUAUUGAUCAAAAAGUGAAUCACCACUGAGCAUACGAAGACAAAAUCUGCUAUUUGUUUACAAACACAGAGCCACCAGUUAAAAAGGCUAAUUAAAGAUGAGCCAGACAAAACACUGGACAAUAGCUCAUGCUAGGGCACCUCCCCUUGUCCAAGCAGGCCUUACAGGCCGAUCACGACUUGAGGUUUUUCGCUUACAGGCUCUUUACUAGCAUAAAUGAGCGCGUAAAAAUAUAAAAGUACCAAGAACUAAUAGGCUAGAACUAGGCUAAUAGGCCAAAUAGGCUAAAACUCUUCUACCAAAACGGGUGGAAUUCGUUCUCUGCAAUCAACCAAAGAACGUGCGCUCGUAACGUGCGAUCUCAACGCGCGCGUAGGGAAUACACCUCUAGUGGUGGUCUGCCUACAUAGAAGACAAGGUACCCAACCAAAAUUAUUUCUACCAUUUAGUCCUAACGUGUCUAUCUACCCUUGAACUGUGAAGGCCUAUUUGCCGAUCUUAUUUUUAGGUUUUUACGGCACUUUCCAUUCUUCGCUUAGAUUUAACUUAGUAAUUUUUUUAAAGGUUGGUUAUAAGACGAGAUCGAUGAGAUUUAAAUGGUAUGGGCUUAACAUUUAAACUAACACUUAUGGAUUAAUUCGCAGAUAAUUCUUGUAUAUAAACACCAGCAUUGUUAUCGUCGAAUCUUUUUAAAAAUACCCUUUCUAAUAACUUUCCUCCCUUGAAAUAUCUCAUAAAAUAUCUCUUCUGGUCCUAGAAAAUUAUCAUUUCAAAGCUAGGCUUCGUUCCCCGGCCUUUACCCUACGGUUAAAGUGUCUAAAAUUUAUUUUCAUAUGAAGUUAUCAUUUCAAAGCUAGGCUUCGUUCCCCGGUCUUUACCCUACGGUUAAAGUGUCUAAAAUUUAUUUUCAUAUGAAGUUAUCAUUUCAAAGCUAGGCUUCGUUCCCCGGCCUUUACCCUACGGUUAAAGUGUCUAAAAUUUAAAAUUUUCAUAUGAAGUUAUCAUUUCAAAGCUAGGCUUCGUUCACCGGCCUUUACCCUACGGUUAAAGUGUCUAAAAUUUAUUUUCAUAUGAAGUUAUCAUUUCAAAGCUAGGCUUCGUUCCCCGGUCUUUACCCUACGGUUAAAGUGUAUAAAAUUUCUUUUCAUAUGAAGUUAUCAUUUCAAAGCUAGGCUUCGUUCCCCGGCCUUUACCCUACGGUUAAAGUGUCUAAAAUUUAUUUUCAUAUAAAGUUAUCAUUUCAAAGCUAGGCUUCGUUCCCCGGUCUUCACCCUACGGUUAAAGUGUAUAAAAUUUCUUUUCGUAUGAAGUAAUUUCCUGUAAAACUUUCCUUUGUUAAUAGAUUUUACUUAGUUUGUGAACAAAGUCAUCAUUCUAGCUUUUACACCAACGCUUAAUGGCCAAAGAAAUCACCCUGUAUGAUGAUUAAAGGUUAUAUUUAACAUUAACUAGGGGUUUUUUGAGUUACGCAAAGCAUGUUACUAGUUUGAGGUUAAUGUGCGCCUUCAUGUUACACUAAUGCAAACAUUUAACAUGAGAAGCUUUUCACCAAAUAAUUGAAAAUUCCGUAAAAGCUUA